GAAAUUUACGUCUACCACGAAACGUGUCCAAGAUAUGGCGUAGUAAUAGUGGCUUCGAGUGCGAUUUUUGUUGGUUCCUGCAGCUGUGCAGCAGGCCUUUCCUUCGUGCGGUAUCUGCCAAGGCUCGGCUACGUUCGUUCUUUCACUUGAAAAAUCUGGAAUGCACCCCAUAAAUGGCUGAAGCCAUGAGCAACGACUCGAAGCACGAUUCUGAUUGGGACCCAAAGGCGGGCCUCCCGAGUCCAACGUUACCGGACAAGUUUUCCUUCUCGCGCACCUCGUCUACAGGAUCCAUAGACAAUAUCCUGACGUCAUCUUCGGCUCAUAAUACAGAUGAUGAGGAUAGCGACCACAAGUCCACCAUUAGCUACAAGGAACGCAGAAGGGAAGCCCACACACAAGCUGAGCAGAAACGCAGGGACGCCAUCAAAAAGGGUUAUGAUGACCUACAGAUGCUGGUGCCCACAUGCCAACAAGACAGCACAAACUCGUUCAAAAUGAGCAAAGCAACAGUGCUUCAGAAAUCCAUAGAUUACAUAACGUUUUUGCUACAACAGAAAAAAAAGCAUGAAGAGGAACUCUCGGCACUGAGGAAGGAAGUUGUUGCUCUGCAAAUUAUGAAAGUUAACUACGAGCAAAUUGUCAAAGUACACCAAAGUCAACCUGGUCAAAACAACAAUCAUAUCAGUGAUGAAGUGAAGUUUCAAGUGUUCCAGGCGAUUGGAGACUCCUUGUUCCAGACAUUCAACUCGUCAAUAUCAGUUUCCAGUUUUGCUGAACUGUCUGCAUGUGUGUUCAGCUGGCUCGAAGAGUACUGCAAGCCCCAAACGCUCAAGGAUGUGGUGGUUCAGAUACUGUCCCAGCUGAACCAGACAAUGGGGUCACAGCAAUCUUAGCAUUUGCUGUCAGUAUGGAGUUGGGUCUCGACAUGUAGCAUAAUCUUAUGUGUCUUCUUAUCCAAGGGAAGAUUUAAAUUGGGGCUUUGCAAAAAAAAAUUUGUCCCGGUCCUUUCAAUGUGUGGUUGUCAUCGUUGCGAGUGUAAAACAGUGCUUUAGUCCUGAGUGAUUUGAACGGCUUGUUUCAUGCAGCAGGCAAAUAUCAUUUUGUUCUGGUUGGGGGAGCUGCUUAGAUGACUUUGUUGCAAGUACAGUGGAGCCUUGCAACUUGCUCGUACACUACAUUACAAUACCUUCUUUAUAUCUGACAUUAAUUAUUAGCUUACGUGCAUUAAUAGAAGAGAAAAAGUGAAAACAAGUCUAUAUGAAAAAUAAGCAGCCCAUAUGAUGCCUCCAACACACCUCUUUCGAUUUUAAUGGCCGCUCAGCUGCUUACAGUGUUAAUAUGUAAAUGCAUUUUGCACCAUCUUUAAUGUGCAACCAUGCAGUUGGUGUGAUCAGCCAAAUCUGCAUAUUGGCUGCUGCCAGAAAAGUCAAGCCAUUGGCUGAAAUGCGCACUUUUGUUUAGACUGUGCAACUUGAGCUGCUCCUGCCGAGUGCUCGACACUUGCGCUGUCAGAAUGCAUAUCUUGAGUUUCCGAGUCAGCAGAUGUUCACUCCCCUGUAAGUGAUACUGUCUUGGAUCUUGGCUAAGCAGUUUUGUUAUAGCAGUAGAGCAUUCAUGAAAAUAAAGCAGGAGCACCCAAGUUUUAGAUUUACAUAUGGUGAACUCCAUUGGGAGAACAGGAGCACUCAAAAGCACUGAAAAGUGUGCUCUUCACAGCCGGCGUGUUUCAGUGGUCGAACAGGAGUAGGAGCUCUGUCAUCCAAGGGUAGAGCGAGAGCGCUUUUGCUGCGCCAAGAGCAGUCAGAAGCAGUUUGAAGUGCUUUCGCCUGAAAAGCGGAGUAGGCGAAGUACAAAGAGAGUCACGCGACUUUGAAACGUCACAUUCUCCUUAUUUGUUUUCAUUGUGCUUCAGCCGGCGAGCGCGGUGGCAAUGACAGGAAACAUGCAAAGUUUGACACCCCUGAUAUUGGCCAUAUUUCCACUAUUUGUAUGAGUAGCAACGAUGAUGACUACGGAGUGUCCGCAGCCAUAUGUUUGCUAGAUAAGUCAUUACACAAAUGUACAUAAUUGCAAAUGAGGAUAAUGGCGCACUUGCGACUGGACAGAUUGUAGGCGUAUUUUGCUGCUGUCCCGCAGAGAAUGCCGGGGCUUCGAAUGUUUUGAUCACGGGUUAUAUUCCUCCUCACUGGUCACCCUUUCACCUGCUCUCCGAAUGAGUGCCGCAUUCCAAUGUGAGAUCGUGUGGCCCUGCUCUCAAUUCUCUGCCCCCCUACUCCUGACUGCACCACGCCUCUACUCCUGUUCUCUCAAUGGAAUUGGCCAAUAGUUACAUGCAAUACUUUAUUGGAUCUUUGUAAUGUAUUUUCCGGACCAUAGUCUGCAUCCUCUGUAUAGGUUGAAGGGGCGAACUUUGGAAAUUGGCUUUUCAGCUCGUUUGCAACCAUUAAGUAGUUCAGAAGCUAAAAAUUUUAUUUUACAGAUCAGAAAAGUUAGAUAUUUUAUUAAUGUGCAUGUCGGAGUCAAUUCUAAAAUCUGCCUAAUUAAUAUCCUCAGAGCUGCCUGAACAAAGCAUGUCAGGCUUGAUGAACAGCUGUUCAGCAUUUUCGUCUUCAGAAUUUUUAGCUCUUGCACGUGCUGAACUGCACUUGGUUGAAAUAGGUCAUGAAAGACUUUCUUUUUGGCAGCUUGACAACUCCUUUCGUACAAAUAAAAAGUUAAACAUAUAUUCAUUGCACAUUUGUCAGUGAAUUAUUGCUUAUGCACAGCAGUUGCCAUCGUUAAGUUGUUUUUGCUUAGUAAUUUAGCCCCCAGAAGCGCUAGUGCAUCUAGUUUGCCUUCUCUUCAAGCGCAUUUCUGAUCUCUGACAGUACUGCACCCUGUGAAAUUCCAACUUUUAGGUGUGUGGUUUGCUGACUAUAGUCGGGAAAAUAUGGCAUAGUACUGAGGGUUCGAUUGUAGAACCAGUUUGUUCAGUGUAGUGCAUGUAUUUGCAUUGUAUGCGUGGCUUUAAUUACAACUGGAUGCUACCACAAACUGUACGAGGUUGUGUUCCCCUGCGACAGCUUUAAAUAUACUAUAGUAGAUUUUGGGGGGCGCUUUGACUCUGGCAAUAUUUGUCAAGCCUUUGGCUUGCGUGUCAUAAUUAUGCAAAAAAAAAAUGUACAGGACAAUGCACCUCUCACGUUUUUGUUGCUGAAUCUUGGAAUGUGUAUUGCUUGGUGCAAUCCUGAGAAAUUAGGUAUGAGUGGGAUUAGGGAGCUUGUUUAAUUCAUAGGUGCAGGUGAAAAAAUUUUGGGGGGGCUCAGAGGACUCAGUGAAGAAGCAAUUAUGGGGAAACAUGUUCAAGACUGCUGCACUUAUGAACCUUGACAUAGUGAUGAUCACGAAAGAAAUCUUAUAUAGACCAUUCUGCUUGGUUGAUUAUCUUAGCAUGUUCAUGCUAGCUCAAUGUGUUUGGCACUGUGUGAUAGUGUCACUGAAUUAUAAUAUGGCUAUAACAAUAUAUUAUUAUUUCUUGCUCUAUAGAUAUUUUAUAUGUUUGUUAGAAGGCAGGUGUACGUGUGAUCUCUAUCGGUAUUGAGUUUGCCACUGUUGCUGUUAAAGCUGCAUGAAAUUCUGUUAUUACUGCAUUCCUCUGUCAAAUGUUAACUUAAAGGAUGAAGUUCAAGAGAGAGAAAGCAGUGUUUAUUUGCCUGUGUUGCUACAGUUUUGAUUCAGCUGGACAAGUAUUUUGUUUUCAGUACGUUUGAUGUAGUUGACGAUGCUCAGUCUGCACUCUGUCAUGUCUCUUUGGUGUGCAUGUUAUAUUGUCAUAUUCAGGACACACAAUGCUGCUGUGAUCCUAUUUUUUGCACAUUGUAAAGUGCACGUUAUACAUGGGUGCUCUCAGAGCACGGUGCCCAUACAAUGUCAGUGUAUUAAAGUACAAAUUGACUCUUGCCUC